AUGAGACUCUGCGUCCAGGGCAUGCGCUGCCUGAGGGCUUCUACCCCACGAAUCGUCCAGCUUCCCCGGAGCUCCGUACUGCUGCGAACUGCUUGCGCUACGAGAGCCUACUCGUCGGUACCCCCGACGGGAUCUUCAGACUCCGUGACUAUCCGUGGACAAACUAUUAAGACUGACCCGGAGUGGUUCAAUGUGCCCAACAAUGUUCUCGAGGCCACAUCGAGGAAACUUCACCUGCUCAAAGAUCACCCAGUGUCUAUUACCCGCCAGAUAAUGCAGUCCAACUUCCCCGAACCAACCUUUAAGUAUUACAAUGAGUUCAGCCCCGUUGUGUCGACGAAGCAGAACUUCGACUCGCUCGGAUUCCCUGUAAACCACCCUGGCCGCGCCCUGUCCGAUACAUAUUAUAUCAACAGCGAAACACUCUUGCGAACACAUACAAGCGCCCACCAGGCCGAUAGGUUCCGGGGUAACGAAAGCGCCGGCUACCUUGUCUCGGCCGAUGUGUACAGACGAGAUGCCAUUGACCGAAGUCACUACCCCGUUUUCCACCAGAUGGAGGGCGCCAUGUCUUGGGAUCGUACCAAGGUUCCAAACGGUGAUGUUGCUGCGGCUGUGUGGAAGGACUUUGAGAAGCUGCCCGUUCAUGGAGUCAAGGUGGACGACCCCAACCCUGUCAUGCACCCCGAGCGCAAUCCUCUCCAAGAUGCGCAUCACACAGCUGCUGAGGCCGAGGCCAUUGGUGCUCAUCUCAAGAGGUCGUUGGAAAACAUGGUCGUCGACAUCUUCUCUCGAGCCAAGACUACUGCGCUCAAGGAGGACCCCAAUUUUGUGGAUGAGCCGCUCCAGAUGAGAUGGGUUGAGGCUUACUUUCCCUUUACCAGCCCCUCUUGGGAGCUGGAAGUCUACUAUGCUGGAGACUGGCUUGAAGUGCUAGGAUGCGGUGUUGUCAAUCAGGAUAUCUACAUCAAUGCUGGUGUACCUAACCAAUUGGGCUGGGCGUUUGGCAUCGGCAUUGACCGCAUUGCAAUGCUGUUGUUCAAGAUCCCGGAUAUUCGCCUGUUCUGGUCAAAAGACAAGCGCUUCCUGUCACAGUUUGAGGGCGUCACCGACAACCUAGACAAAAUCAAGCGUUUCGUCCCAUUUUCCAAAUACCCCCCUUGCCCCAAGGACGUGUCUUUCUGGCUUAGCUCGACGACAGCAGCGGGUGGCAACACCAAGGGAACAUUCCACGAAAACGACGUGAUGGAAAUCGUCCGCAACGUGGCAGGUGACGUGGUUGAGGAUGUUCGACUGAUUGACGAGUUCACUCAUCCCAAGACGGGACGCAAGAGCAUGGCGUAUCGCAUCGUGUACCGCAGUCUGGAGCGGACUCUGACUAACGAUGAGGCUGUGGCUUUCCAUGAAGAUGUUCGUCAAGCUCUGGUCAAGGAGUUGGGCGUUGAGCUUCGAUAG